UAAAACAUUCACUGGAAGUGGAAUAUUGUUAACUUAUUUUAUUUCGUGAGCGUUUCAAAAUUGCAAUUGUGCAAACGCAACAAUAACAACAUUACCAAGAGAAACAAACUCAACUUUACUCAAAACAACGUAAAUACAUACAUACAUACAUACGUACUCCACCGACUGUGUCCGUGUGUGUAUCGCGCUGCGUGUUGUUAGCGCUUUUAAAGUUUAAUACGUUACGUUUAUAAAUUUAUAAAAAUGCAAUAUUCGCAUAUGCACAAUAUAUACAUAUAUAUCAACGACCGCGUCUCUCUGUGUGUGUGUGUGUGUGCGUGAGUACAUAAUAAAUAAAUAAAAUAAACUCAUUACCACAGCAGCAACAGCAGCGACACGAACGUGAGUCUUCGAGCAUUGCAAACACAAAACAAGGAACCAGUUUCACCUUGAGUGCUAUACGUGUGUGUAAAUCGGCGUAGUCGUAGUCGUCGUCGUCGGUCCAGUCUUAUUUUGCUAAGCAAAACAGCACACACACUCGCUAACCAUCGUAUAUACAUAAAUAAAUAUGUAUAUAAUACAUAUGUACGGGCUGCAUUAUUUCAGACGUUCGCGAUCCUGUGUAUCAAUCAAAAACUUACCUACGUAAAAAACAUAAGAAAAUAAUAAUAAUAAUAAUAACAUCAGGAACAAUUGCCUAAGGCACUGCCAAAUACUGAUUACAAAUAACAAGAAUAACAACAAUAUAUUUAUUGUGGAUACCUGCGUGUAUAAACAAUUUUAAAGUUCAAAAACAAAUACACUCAUUUUUAGUAUCGCACCGUCAGAAAAGACACAAAAGACAAAAUUUCUACAGCAAAUAUAUUUUGUAAAUACAUAAUAUAUUGCGGCAUUAAAAAGUAAAUACAACAAACUAACAUCGUAUGUACAUACAUAUGUAUGUAUGUACAUUUAUGUGAGAAUUGAAUAUUUGAAAGAUGAUAGCGCAGCCAUCUCAGGGAUCUAGCAAUCCACCGCAGGCUUCUGAUUUAUAUGAUAUAUUGAAAUCACCACAUCGAGACCUGCUAACAGGCAUUUACGACGACGGCGAGGAGUUAAUUCUGGCAACCGCCCUAGCCCCAACUGUAGCAACAACCCCAACAAAAACAGCAACACAAACACAAAGCAGCGAACGACUUAUUACUCAUACAUAUUAUUCGAAGGCUGUGCCUGUUGCUGUUGUUGCACCGCACUAUAAUUCUUCUAAAAUGGACAACGACAGCAACAACAACAAUAAUACUAACAGCCACACCACCAACAGCAACAGCGAAAGAUCUCCCAAUCCAAGUACUCACCAGUUGACGACGCCAACAACAACUUCAGCCAUGUCUGCCAACAAUUUGAAGAAUUUGAUGUUUGGUUCUGCACGUGUCAACGUAAACUCAAGCACCCCGUAUUCGGAUGCAACUCAAACGAAGAAACACUCUCCUGGCCAUAUUAAACGACCUAUGAAUGCAUUCAUGGUCUGGAGUCAAAUGGAGAGAAGAAAGAUAUGCGAGAGAACACCUGAUUUACAUAACGCCGAGAUAUCAAAAGAGUUGGGUAGACGAUGGCAGCAAUUAGGCAAAGACGACAAACAGCCAUAUAUUAUUGAAGCGGAGAAGCUAAGGAAGCUUCAUAUGAUAGAAUAUCCAAAUUAUAAAUAUAGGCCACAGAAGAAGCAAACAAAAUCAUCUGUUCCGAAGCAGAACCAGGACUUAGAUAACAACGAAAUUAAAAAUGACACACCCAAUACAUCGGAUCUUGUCCCUAUAACUGCAACACCCACUGCCGGACGCAAGAGCAAAAGAUCUACCUCUAUAUGUCAAUCUGGUUCGUUUUCAAAACGGCAAAGAAAUGAUCAGGGAGACAACCCGAAAACCAAAUGCAUUGUGAAAACGGUGUCUGAGCAGCACAACUCAGUUGACAUAAUUGAACAAUUAAGCUAUCAGGCUUCUAAUUAUUUACCUCGUAGCACAACCACCAAUACUGAUUGCGAUAUUAAACUGAACGCAGAACUUAGCCUAGCAUCAAUGGAAAAUUUUUCUGAAAUAGAUCCCAUUAGUCCUCAAGAAAAUGUAUCUGGAAGUGUCAAUUUUGAAAAUAUUUCAUUUAUGGCCAAUCCGCAAAAUGAAGAUUCAUUGUUUGAAGGGAAUGCUUCAAAUGGUCUCAAUACGCAAAUUUUUAAUGAUAUAAGGUCUCAGCAGAACUUUACGGAUAACCAAAACCUCACCGAAAACGUUUUCGAUUCUAAAGACAACAUUGUGAACGAUGCCAAUUUGCAUGAAGCUAGCCAUCAAAUACCUUCAUUCGGGACAACCUAUGCACAGCUUACAACAGGUGAUUCAUCAAUCGAGUUUGAAGCUCAUGAAUGUUAUGAAGAUUGUGGUGCGGAGAAUUCGUCGCAACCUGUGUUUGCAGUGGAGCCCCGAACGGUCACAAUGAAUAUUGAAAUACAUAACCGUACGCCGUAUGGUAAUGAAGGUGGGCACACAUUCCAACAAGAUGACUUUAUCCCGAAUCCAUCGAUUACAGAAGAGAGUGACUGCAGCAUUCUGACCUCAACGCAUUCGCCACAAAUUGGAUUUUGUGGCCCCAGUAUAAGCAAUAAUCUAGUUGAAUCAGAUGGAAUUGGAAACGUGUAUGCGGGGCACGAGUACAGCGGAAGUGUUAUAGGUAUAAAUAAUGAUCUCAACUACACCCUAAAUGAUAACGGAGCUCUAUUACUUGAUUCAUUUGAGGACUUCCAACCUCAGCCAACUGGUAGUCAUUUAGAAUUUAACACAAACAAAUAUGAGUUUUCAUUAUACAAAAUGUGAGCGAUAAAAUGUGAGAAAUAUUUAAGCUUUGUGUAAUUUUUAAUUAUUACCUUUAUACGUUUAUAAUUAUACACCAAAUUAUACAUAUACAUAACUACAAGCAUAUAAA